UCGAAAUGUGUUUGCAAAAAAUGUUUGGCAUUUGGGUGUUUGUUGCUAUUUUUUCGAGUAUAGAGGGGUACAAAGUUUUGGUUGUAUUCCCUAUCCCAGCAGGCAGUCAUAGAAAUCUAGGCGAUGGAUAUGUUAGGAAUUUAUUGAAAGCCGGACACGAGGUGACUUACAUAACACCGUUCCCGUACGAAAGUUCUGAUCCGAAUCUUCGUCUGAUCACCACUGGAGAUACUGUCAAUGCUAUAAGUGGCUCAUCACUAAACAUAACAGCGUUGAUGUUGCACGAAGUUGAAAUGGAUCAAGACCGUCACUUUCAACUGGCUAUAAACAUUACGAAGAAUACUCUUAAGAACAAAUCAGUCCAGAAAUUACUCAACGAUCCUUCCGAGUCGUUUGAUGUUAUUGUCGCGGAAUGGAUGUUCAACGAUGUUUAUUGCGGAUUUUCAGCAUUAUUUCGAUGUCCGUAUAUUUGGUCGUUUCCAUACGAGACAAAUUCAAUCAGUCUUGGUUUACUUGGAGAGUUCUCUAAUCCGGCGUAUACGGCUAAUAUCGAAACUAGUGAUGUACCACCGUUUGAUUUCUGGCAACGGGUUUAUUCUUUAUGGUUUCGUAUAACGAGCAGAGUACAACACUUAUUUUUUUAUGAAAAUAUAGAGAAGAAUCUUUACGAAGAAAUUUUUAGUCCAAUCUUAAAGAAGCGUGGUAUAACAACACUGCCUGAAUAUGAUAUAUUGAGAUAUAACGCGUCUUUAAUACUAGGCAAUACAGACCCAUCUAUCGGUCAAGCUUUGGCAUUACCCGAAAACUAUAUCCCUAUUGCUGGAUAUCAUAUAGAUGAAGUCAAACCACUACCUCAGGAUUUAAAAGAUAUAUUGGAUGAUGCAAAGCAUGGAGUAAUUUAUUUUAGUUUAGGAUCAAAUUUAAAGAGUAAAGAUUUUCCCGAAAAGAUAUUGCAAGAUUUACUCAAAUUAUUUGGAGAAUUACAACAGACAGUUAUUUGGAAGUUUGAACAAUCGUUGACAAACAAACCUGCAAACGUACAUAUUUUAAAAUGGGCACCGCAACAAAGUAUUCUUGCUCAUCCUAACUGCGUUUUAUUUAUUACACAUGGAGGCAUGUUGUCGGUUACCGAGGCAGUUCACUUUUCAGUACCAUUUAUCGGUUUACCAGUUUUCUACGACCAAAACUUUAAUGUAGCAAAAUCUGUUCAAAGAGGUUUUGCUUUAAAGGUUUCAUUGAGUUUGAACUUGGCUGAAGACUUGAAAGACGCUGUUCAAGAAAUUCUGAACAAUAACACAUACCGUGAAGCAAUGAAACAGACAUCAAUAACGUACCACAAUCGAAUGAUACCACCUGGCGAUGAAUUGGUAUACUGGGUAGAAUACGUGGUACGUACCAAUGGCGCGCCACACUAUCGCUCCGCCGCACUUCUGUUGCCCUGGUACCAGAAAAUGUAUUUAGAUUUUAUUGCGACGGUUAUUGUAUGUGUUUGUUUGUUUAUAUAUAUGAUAAAAACGUUGUGCAUAAAAUGUAAAGUACAAAAGAUCAAGAGUUCGUAGACAUCGCUGUUCCCACUGCCGAAACAUUUGUAUUAAAACAUGUUGCCAUCUCUUUCAUUCUUUUCGAUAAGACAGAGACAAUGUUAUUACCUUAAAAUGUAUUUUUUUACUAUAAAAGGUUGUAAAUGAGAAAACGGGCAUUUGAUUUCGCUAAAAUAGCGAAGUAACCUGUACUUAUGUAUGUUCAU